CCCUCCUUCCUCCUUUCCAAUCAAACUCGCCAAAACAAUCUACUUUCCUCCAUUCAUAUCUUCCUAAAAUUCAAAGUAUUCAGAAAGAGAGAGAAGACAUGAGCUGUGCAAGGAAGGCUUCUUUGAUCGUGGCAGCGAGCAUGGGGGCAGUGGAAGCGCUCAAAGACCAAGCAGGGCUGUGCCGUUGGAACUAUGCCAUCAGAUCUCUCAACCAGCAAGCCAAGAACAGCGUCGGUUCCUUCUCUCAGGCCAGGAGGAUGUCUUCUUCUUCUUCUAACACUGAUGAGAAGGCCAAGCGAUCGGAGGAGGCGCUGAGAAAAGUCAUGUACUUGAGCUGUUGGGGUCCUAAUUAGGACUUUAGAAGCGGGGGAUAUCCAAAAAUAUAACAAAUCUGUGUUUGGGUGUCUCUGCAUCACAUUAUGUGAGAACUUUGUAAAUAUGAGUCUUGAGAUAUACUAUAAUUUUUGGCAACGGCCUUCUGUAUUUUUGUUUCCUCCAUAAUUGCACUCUGAGGUUUUUUUU